AUGCUAUGGCACCGACUUGCACAACCGGCAAGGGGCUAUGCCCGGCGGGGCCUGCCAAGACUUCGGUCUAAUAACCGUGUUGUGGUGUAUACACCGAAGCGGUUCAACUCAAACCCUCAGAACACCGGGCAGUAUACCCCGGACCCUACCGACCAGCCUGAUUCAGAUGAGGGCAAAGGCCAAGGCCAUGGCCGCAAUGGCGACUCAGACCCUAACUUGAAAUCUACGAUUCUCAAGAUGCUUGAAACCGCGGCAACCACUGCGGCAUCGAUUUUCAUCUUAGGAGCGGCGGGUUAUGGGUAUCACCAGUAUUAUAAGUACUUGAUCCUGGACAAGAUGGACAAUGCGUUCAAACCAGGUGAUCCCGCCCUCGAGGUCGCAGGCGUUGUAUCUGGAAAGCACCAGUACCAGCACGAGGAGCAUUGGGUUAUUCGCAAUGAGCAACCCAAGGUUGACGACAUUGUAGCCGGGCGAAGAACGGGCCACUACUACCUAAUGAUCGGCGAAAAGGGCACGGGAAAGACCUCGAUGCUUCUAGAGGCCAUGCGCAAGAUCAAUGGCAAUAGCUGUGCGAUGUUCGAAGCGCAUGCCGAUCUCGAGAUUUUCCGCAUCCGACUGGGUAAAGCUUUGGACUACGAAUUCCAUGAGGACUACAUCGGCAGCCUUUUCAGCAUCCGUGGGCCCAGGGACACUACUGCCCUUUUGGACAUUGAACGUGCCUUCAACAAGUUGGAGAAAGUGGCACUCACCAGAAGACGCUCCGGCUCGUCUCCGCUGAUCCUUAUUAUCAACAGCACUCAUUUGGUCCGAGACGACCAUGAUGGACAGGAUUUGCUAGAGAUGAUUCAGCAACGGGCAGAACAAUGGGCUGCCAGCGGCCUUGUCACAACCAUCCUCAACAGCGAUGAUUAUUGGGUUUAUGAGCGCCUGAAGCGUUAUGCAACCCGUAUGGAAGUCAUCCCCGUGACCGACCUACCCAAGGACAAGGCAAUGGCUGCGUUGAAGAAGUACCGCGAGCAGUAUUGCAACCAGGUUCUCCCAUCAUCGACUCUGGAGCAAGUCUACGACAAAGUGGGUGGUCGCCUGUCCUUCUUGAGCCGUGUCGCCAAAUCCGACGAUAUGACCAAGACCUGCGACGACAUUUGCCGUGCCGAGAAGACCUGGCUUCUCAACAAGUGUUGGAUUCUCGGAGAGGAGAUGGAUGAUGAUGUGAUGGACGAGCAGAAGUUCUCCUCUGCGGCUAUGGUCCUUGCCAAAGCACUUGUAGACCUUGAGAAAGAGAUGGAGCGAAACUAUGAUCCAGAAGGAGGCCACAUCCUACCAGAGAUCCCGCUACACAAAGCGCGCGAGAUCAUGACCCGUGCCGACUUCAUCCAAUCUUACGAUCAUGAGAAUAUCUUCACCAUCGACUCGCGAGCCAUGGUGCGCGCCGAUUCUGUGCCUAUGCAGCGCGCCUUCCGAGAGAUUUGCGCCAUCGAAAACUUCGAUUCGCACCUGGAUAGUACUCUGGAGCGUAUUGGCGACAUUGAGAGUCUUGGCCGUACUCGUGAGUUGACGAUCAAGGACCUCUGGAACAAGGGCAAGUACAGAGUAGUGGUGAAAGACAACCACGGACGUGAAAGUGGCACUGUGGAAUUUGCGGUGGCAGAGACGGAGGAGGACUAA